GGCAGGUGUCGGGCACUUCCGCAUCCGCGUGACGCACAGCGCGUGUUUCCGAGGUAACGGGCUUGCUCUGUACCAGCGCUGUGUAGAGACGGCGACAGGGCUGUAGAGGGGGAUUCUGUUUUCCGUAACAGAUAUCCGAGUCCAUUUGUGGGAUUUUUAGCGCUUGGAUCAGGCGUCGCUGAGACGGAGAGUCCCUGCUAAAGUGGCAAUAUGCUGAAUAUGUGGAAAGUCAGGGAGCUGGUGGAUAAAGCUAACGUGAUGCUUGAUGCAGUAAUCAGUGGGAGCGCAAUGGAUAAGGCUCUGGACUAGAGAUCUGAUUGUGAGUUCAAGUUUGAAUCCCAGUUUCCCUUUGGGACUUUGACUUGGCUCUCUGACAUGCUUGUGCAUUGGGGUGAAUCUGCAUCGGGACACAGCUUAUGAGUACCAAUGUGGUGAUGAACUAUUCAGAGAUAGAGUCCAAGGUUCGAGAAGCCACCAAUGAUGACCCUUGGGGCCCCUCUGGUCAGCUUAUGGGCGAGAUAGCCAAAUCCACAUUUAUGUAUGAGCAGUUCCCUGAGGUGAUGAACAUGCUGUGGACCAGAAUGCUGAAAGACAACAAAAAGAACUGGAGAAGAGUUUACAAGGCCUUACUACUACUAGCGUACCUCAUCAGAAACGGAUCAGAACGAGUGGUUACGAGUGCCAGAGAACACAUCUAUGACCUGCGCUCUCUGGAAAAUUAUCAUUUUGUAGAUGAAAAUGGGAAAGACCAGGGUAUCAAUGUACGGCAGAAGGUCAAAGAAAUGGUGGAGUUUGUCCAGGAUGACGACAGGUUACGGGAGGAGAGGAAAAAAGCAAAGAAGAACAAGGACAAAUACAUCGGAGUAUCAUCAGAUGGCAUGGGAGGCUUCAAACAAAGUAACUCGGGAGAGCGCUUUGACUCUGAGUCUAAAAGCAAGUGGGAUGAAGACUGGGAGAAGAGCAAAAGUGGCUUUCCUUUCAGUGAGAAGCUCGGCGAGAUCAGCGAUAAGAUUGGCAGCACCAUCGAUGACACCAUUAACAAGUUCCGCAAGAAAGAAAGAGAUGACUCUCCCGAUCGAAUCAGUGACAAUGAGGAGGACAGAAUAUCGCAGAACGGUCGGCCGGCAAAGUCUGAGUUCAAGGAUGAGGAGGAGGCGGUGACACCCAAGAGUGCACAGGUGAUGCAGGCCACUGAGGGUACCACUACCAGCAGCACCACUACACGCAAACGGGGUGGAAUGCCCUCCAAAACGGUGGAUUUGGGCGCAGCUGCGCAUUACACAGGGGACAAGAACAGCCCAGAUGCAGACAAUACAAAGACCCCAGGCAGUCAAUCUUCCAGUGGAGGGCUUUCAGAUUUGCUUGUAGUAGACUCUGAAGCGACUCAGCCAGCACCUUCAGGUGGGAGCUCAGACCUCAUUGCUGACUUUGCAGAUUUUUCCUCCCCAGCUGCUUCUGCUAGUCUCCCUCCAGCUGCUGGAUCAGUAUCAACUGGCAAUGGAGAGUUUGGUGACUGGAGCGCCUUCUCAUCAGCCAGUCCACCUGCGUCUACAGCCUCGUCUGCUCUCCCAGAUCUUUUCAGUGAUGUUCCAGCCUCCACCCAACCACCUUCCGCUGACCUUUUUGACCUGAUGGGCCCUAAUCAAAGCGGUCUGAAUGCCUCCCAAAGCAUGACCUUCACUAUGUCCCCCCAGAGCACAGGGUUCUCUAUGUCCAGAUCACAGACUCUAGGGGGGCCUGUGCACAGUUUAGCAGGUCCUUUGUUGCCUCAGCAGAUGGGAGUUCAGAAACCAGGAGGAAAAACCUCAAUGCCUGCCACGUGGUCUGACCCAAGCGUCAACAUCAGCCUGGACUUUCUGUCUAUGGGCAUGAACCCUCCCAAGCCUUCACAACCUAGCCUCAACACUAUGAUGCAACAAGGUGUCCAGCCACCUGUGAACCUGGUCGCCCAGAACUUUGCUGGAAUGACACUUAACACCCAGCCUGUGCCUGCUAGACCAGCCAUGAACCCUGUGAUGGCAAGUGGAAACAUGGGCAUGGUGAUGCCCCCCACCAUGGCAACAGGUAACAUGGGAAUCGGUUCCAUGGUCAUUGGAGGAAUGCCUGCCAAUCAGGGUUUAAUGGGAAUGAACAUGGCGUCUGCUGGUUUGGGCCUCCCAGGUGGCCUUGGCGUGUCCAGCAUGACCAUGGGCCAGGGCAUGAGCUCUGCCAUGUUACAACCCAAACCACAGGCCUUCCCUAACUUUGGCAACUUUGGACAAUGAAGGAAAAACAGCGCUGAAAAGAAAUGGUCCAAAAAUACCUUCUUAAUUAACAGAAGGAGCUGCAUCCAGUAAAGUGGACAAAACUGACAAAACUAUCCAGUGUCUGGACCCUUCAAUCAUUUAAUGUCAUAUGUUAACAGAUGUUUGGGGAGUGUCUAAAAUCUGUUUUCUUUGAGUGAGGGAUGGGUGAUUGAGGAUGGAAUGCUUUUUUUGAUAAGGUACGCUAAAAACUUUUAUGGUCUGGGAUGUUUGCCAGUGGCUGGUUAAAUGCAAAGAUCACUUUUAGAUGUGUGUUUAUUUGCCCUGUCAUUUUCACAUACUCCCUCUCCCCAUUUUAAACCCAUUUAAAUUCAGGAAUUACCUCAACUUCCACUGUUCAUGCUGUGACUAAAAUGCUGCGAGUGAUUGGUUUUGUAAAUAUCUUUUUUUUUUUUUUUUUUUUCCAUUUGUGAAGAAGAAAAUAACUAUAAAUUAUUGCAUUGUUUUAUGGAGUUCUCAGAUGGUAUGCAGGGAACAAGCUCAGAAAGUCAAAGGAGUAGCACAAGUUCUUAAUUCGUUUCAUUUGUAUUUCCUUGUUUUUACAGCUAAUCCAUUACAUUCACACUCCAACAAACAAACUCAUCAUUUAUGUUACUGUACAAUGGUUUGUCUUUGUCUCACAGAAUUAGAAUAUGAAGGCUGUUUUUUAUUUGACUUACAGUUUUAUUAGAUUUGAGGAUAUAAUGUUCUGAUUGUAUAUAACAAUGAAGAAAUCUGGGGAAAAAUGUUAUGCUAUACCAGUAUAGAUAGUGAACAAACAUAUAAAAGGUGAUGAUAUUGGGUCAUGUGGUUACAUUCCUGUUCCACCCCUAGCACUGAUGUCAAUGGCAGAGUGAGAGUCUAAUCUGGAAUGUAAAGAUUUUGCAAAAAGUUGGGAGUUACAUUUGGCUUACUCUGAUUUUUUUUUUUUUUUUUUUUUUUUUUUUUAAAUGAUGCAAUGUCACACUAGGGCACUUUGUACUGGUGGAAGUAGUAUUGCAGCUCUAAUGAAUAACCACUUGAAUUGUUUCUAAUGCCUCAUAAAACUCAAAACUAACAUGCAUGAAAUGGACUAAAGUGUUUUAAAGUGCAUCUUUUCAUGGAUCACCUCAGAUCAGUGUUAACACUCAUUGUGUCUGUCACAGGAUGGCAUGUCAACUAUAGGGUCAAUGGAGGAAAUGUCAACUCCAAACGAAGUUUGUCACUUUUUUUUUUUUUUUUUAUUAUUAUCUUUUGUUCUUUCCCCCUCCCAUUUGCUGCUGUACACAGGUGAACAGAGCCCUCCAUUCCACACCAAGCUGUUGUUUUCAAAAAUGACCAAAUCUUUAUUUUAAUACUGUUAAGAUGAUUCUAUAGGGGUUUAGUUUCUUAUUUUAAUACUUUACCAUUAUACAAAUCCUGUGCAUAUUAUGGUGUCGGCAUGGGCCCAUUGAGAAAACACUAGGUGCUUGUAAAGAGAGUGGGGGAAAAAAUCAAGAUCAAGCGCCUCUUUCAUAAAAUUGUUUCUUUUGGAAUUUAAUUUUUGGACUUGAUUGUAUUCAAUAAAAAAAAUUAUGUAUGACAA